AUGGAAUGGGCAUGUUCGCCUUCUCCCUCCCAGGAGUGCCGCGACAUGGGCAGCAUGAAGGAUCAACUGAACCCUGUCCUUCGUCCUCUGGAUCCCUGGGAGGCGGCCAAGCAAGACUAUCCGAUCACCACCUAUCAACCGGUGAUGUUUGUGGCCAACAGUUUGGAGGACGCCGAGUCCCGCAUCGCCCAGUUCUGCGACUCGCUGACCCGGCCCUUCUUUCCACAAUACGACCCGUUGACGCAGACCAUCCGCGUGACCAAAGCCAUCCAACGCGCAGAGCGGCACUCCACGGUGGAGCUGCAACGCCAGAAACAGAUGCAAUUCUUCGAAAAGACCGCCCCGGUGAACAACAACACCAGCACGGUUGAGUCCUGUACAGUAGCUGACGGAUUGGUCCAGUGA